AUGUUCAGGGUUCACUUGAUCAUAGUCUCAGAUACAUGCAGCAAAGAUCCAUCUAAAGACAGAGUAAUUCCAGCUGUAAGUGAGAUCAUUAAUCUUAGAAGCGACGAAUAUGUUUUGAAAGGAACCUCUAUCAUUCCCGAUGAGAAAACCUUUAUCCAGUCUGAAAUAUCUUCAGUGGCCAGAGAUAGCAAAAUUGAUUUGAUCAUAACUUCAGGAGGAACUGGCUUUGGGGUAAGAGAUGUAACCCCUGAGGCGGUUGCCCCUCUUUUGGACCGCCAAGCUCCUGGUCUGGUUCAAAUGAUGAUCCAAGAAUCUCUGAAAAUCACACCAAUGGCAGCUCUUUCUAGACCAGUUGCAGGUGUGAUGGGAAAAUGUAUCGUAAUAACAUUGCCAGGUUCUCCGAAAGGAGCUUGCGAAAACCUGACCUCUAUUUUCCCAAUCCUCUCUCAUGCCUUGAGUUUAGCGUGUGGAUCAAGUGCGACUCCCCAUGGAGUCAGCCAGAAGUUACAAAAUGUGAAUUCAAGCCACGAUGUUGGCCAUCACAAGCAUAAUCAUCCACAUAAUGGUGCCUGCGAGCAUUCUCACAAAGGACCAAAAUUCUAUAACAGAUCCAAUGACCUUUCGCGUCCUGUUACCGAGCGGGCGAGACAGUCACCGUAUCCAAUGAUCUCAGUAGAUGAGGCACUGGAUGUUAUCAAUGCGACGGUCCCCACACCAAGAGUCGAGGAGCGUAAUAUUGAUCAGACAUUAAUUGGUUAUGUUAUUGCGGAAAAUAUAUAUUCUACAGUCAAUGUACCGGGAUACAGAGCAAGCAUUGUAGAUGGCUAUGCUGUUGGUAACUACAGCUUUCCAAACACGUAUGAUGUGUCCGAUAUCUCGCAUGCUAACUCACUUGCAUCAAGUACAAGGUUAGAGUCAAAUACGAUUGUACGCGUGACCACGGGAGCUCCAGUUCCAAAUGGAACAUUUGCAGUGAUUCCUGUUGAGAGCACAUAUGUAGAAUCUUCCAGAGUAGAUUCGAAUGGCAAGGAGGAAGAAGCAAGGGUGUUUAUAGAUGUUGACGAGAUCGUAAAAGAAGGUGAUAACAUACGAGAGCCUGGUAGCGAUGUGGAGAUCAAUGAUUUGAUACUCAGCGAGGGCACUGAGAUCACUGCUGUAGGCGGUGAAAUUGGACUUCUCUCGAGCGUGGGUCUCCGUACCGUCAACGUAUAUCGCAAACCGAUUAUUGGUAUUAUGUCGACAGGUGACGAGGUUGUUGACCCUUCUUCUUGUUCAUCACUUAUUGGCGGUCAAGUCUGGGAUAGUAAUAGACCGUCAUUAAUCACAGCUUGUAAAGGGAAUAACUUUGAGGUUGUAGACUUAGGGAUUGUUGAAGAUGUUGCGAAUAGGCUGGAAUCUUCGAUUCGACAAGCAUAUUCGAAAAGAGGUGUUGAUAUUAUCAUAACCACAGGAGGUGUAUCAAUGGGCGAAUUAGAUUUAUUAAAGCCAACGAUCGAACGGGCGUUGAAUGGAAUAAUUCAUUUUGGAAGAGUGGCAAUGAAACCGGGAAAGCCAACCACAUUUGGGAGCUUUGGAAAUAAACUUAUUUUUGGGCUCCCUGGAAACCCUGCUUCGGCUCUAGUGACUUUCCAUUUGUUCGUCCUGCCGUGUCUUAGGCUUUGGUCUGGUCGCUCUAAAAAUCGGUAUAAACUACCAACUGUGAAGGUAAAACUUGGUGAAGCCUUCUACCUUGAUCCAAGGCCUGAAUAUCAAAGAGCUAAAAUACUACAGAACGAUGAUGGUUGUCUUAUAGCUUAUAGUACUGGUCGACAGCGUAGUAGUAGAGUUGGUAGCAUGUAUACGGCAAACGGAUUGCUGUGCUUACCAUCUUCUACUAAUCAAAGCUCACCUAUACUUCCGGAGGGAAAUGUCAUUGAAGCAAUAAUGAUAGGUCCGCUUUAA